AUGUUUUGGCUCGGGCUCACAAAGAGCCGUACUGCAGCUAUGGAGACGCUCAGGAUGGGAUUUGGUCAGUUGCAGAUCGAGAACGGCACCCUGCUUGUGCUCGGUGACCAUGUGGAAGUCCAGAUGCGACUUGUGGAAGGGCUGCGGCACCUGGUUCGUCGAGACAGCACAGAACACAUGUGCGAAUACCUUGCAGGUAACAGCUUCCAGAGACCACGUGCCUGGUUCAAUUCUAUGCGAGCUGACCCCAUGGGCUGGGUGGACAUCACUCAGGUGCAAAAUCUAUUUGCCCGCAUGGAAGUGACCUCGGAUCGGCAGACGCUCUUCCGAUUCCUCAGUUACAUAAUGGAAAAUCCCUGUCCGUCCAUAGCUGCUGACCACAGAGAAGCUGCCGCUAUCGAGAGUAAGAAGUUCAGCUUCAACGGGUUCUUGUCGCUUAUCUGCCGCUGCACUACAUCGUGGGUGCUUCACCGGGUCUUGGUCAUGCUCAUGGCCGAGUCAUCUGGAGCGCUCGCGACGGAUCUCGACAUCGCCAACAGGUGGAUAGAACUCCAGCGGAGGAUAAUGAUCUCGCUUCUAGUGAAUCAUCGCUUCUGGGGCCGGGAGUCGCGACAAGUCCUGUCAGCUCUACAACCACCAAUGAUCUCUACUGCGAUGGUCGAGGAGCUACAAGAGCUCAGCCAGGAGCAGUGGAAUGCGCUCUUCCAACGCGUUCGAGCGCAGGGUUUAGCCUCUGUGCUUCCCCAAUAUGAUGGUUUGUGA